CUUUUCUAUUUAAGUUUAUUAUGCAAAAUAUGGAAAUGGAGAAGAAAAAAAGAAUCUUUUGUUUUCAAUCUUGACCGUUCAUUCCAUUAAGAAUCCGACGGUCGAGGGAAAUAAACCUUCUGGUAGGUCAGUGCGUUGGGUCUAUAAAUACAUGAACGUAGACUCAGAGAGACCGAACUGAGAGGAGAGCGAAAAAAGCGAAUAGGGAUGUUCUUCCACAUGGUUUUGGAGCGGAACAUGCAAUUACAUCCACGAUUCUUUGGUCGAAGCCUCCGUGAAAACCUCGUCUCUAAGCUCAUGAAAGACGUCGAGGGCACUAUCAGCGGCCGACAUGGGUUUGUACUAGCGGUAACUGGAAUAGAAAGCAUAGGAAAAGGAUUGAUCCGAGACGGGACUCCUUUCGUCACCUUCCCUGUUAAGUACCGAUGCGUUGUUUUCAGACCUUUCGAAGGCGAGGUUCUGGAAGCUGUUGUCACUACGGUCAUGCAGGAGAUGCAAGAUGGUAUGGAGUAUCAGGCUGGUGACAUUCCUAAUUACACAUCAUCAGAUGCAUCAGUUAGGAUCCAGAAAGACUGUGAAGUGUUACUAAAGAUCACUACCGUCAGUGUCGUCGCCACUGAGAUCUUCUGUUUGGGUAGCAUCAAAGGAAAAUAUUUGGGGCUCCUUAACGAUCGUGCAUAAGAAGAGUCUCAGUUACAGUUCGAUGUUACUUUUAUACAGAGGAUGAUGAUAAAUGUUGUAUUGUAGUCCCCUAUAAAGCGUUAAUUAUCAGUACGGAGGAUCUAUUUGUUGGUUGAUUCAGAGUAAUGGACAAGGCCAAACAAUAAUAUUUAAAUGAUUGAAAACGUUUUUAUCGUAA